GUCCGCUGCGACAAGAUUUUUCUUCUCAACUUGGUCCGUUUUCUUCUUCAACGACGUUUUCCUUCAGAUAACAGCUGCUUUCAUCUCACCAUGACUCGGAGGUGAUCUUCAGAGUGUCCGGGUGGUUCUGGGGUUCCAGGUUGGUGUGGUGAGAGAGCAAGCUAACUACGGGGUGGAGCACUGCCUGGGGCAUUUUGUCCCUGGCUGUCAAGUGACUAAGGAAGGGGCUUGGCAAACUGUUCUGCAGCAUGGAGAAGGAAGAUAUGAAGGUCCUCAACAAGGGGGACGAGGAGGAGAUGGAGCUGCAGGGCUACCGUCUGUGCCGUUGGCGGUUGGCCCUCGUGGGCCUCGGGGUGCUGUGUACAGGGGGCUUCCUCCUCCUGCUGCUCUACUGGAUGCCAGAGUGGUGUGUCAAAUCCACCUGCACCCGUACCACAGCCCGUGAUGCCGAAGUGGUGUUGCUGCGCUCCACGGAUGAGUUCCGGCGCUGGUUCCUGGCUAAGGUUCGAGUGAUGCUGGCCCCGGGGAGCAACCCCUUCCACAGCCUGGAGACCCAGACCACCUCCCCCUCCUCCCCUUCUUCUCCCUCCUGCCCCUUCUCCCCUGACUCCCCGUCACUGGCCAACGGACACACCCCUCACCCCUCUGAUAGCAGCCCCGCUGAGGAGCUCAUCAGAAGAUUCGCCGAUUACCAGCCCACACAGAUUCGCUAUUUUACCUUCCAUAGCACAAAGUAUUAUUGGAACGACGAGGUGCAGAACUUUGAGGUUUUAAAUGGCCUGGAAGAUCUGCAAGUCAGCUGCUCCACCCUCCACUCGGAGCACAGUGCAGGCCUGACCAGGAACCAGCAGGAGUACAGGAAACUGUUCUUCGGAGUGAAUGAAAUUGCAGUGAAAGUGCCUUCUGUUUUCAAGCUGCUUAUCAAAGAGGUCCUCAAUCCUUUCUACAUCUUCCAGCUCUUCAGUGUGAUCCUGUGGAGUGCCGAUGAGUAUUACUACUAUGCUGUGGCCAUUGUUUUCAUGUCGGUCAUAUCCAUAGCUACCUCUCUGUACACCAUCAAAAAGCAAUACGUCAUGCUUCAUGAUAUGGUGGCAGCUCACAGUAUUGUCCGUGUGUCUGUAUGCCGAGCCAACAACGAUAUUGAAGAGAUUUUGUCUACUGACCUGGUGCCUGGUGAUGUGAUCGUCAUCCCCAGCAAUGGGACCAUAAUGCCAUGUGACGCCGUGCUGGUCAGCGGCACCUGCAUUGUCAAUGAAAGCAUGCUCACAGGUGAGAGCGUUCCUGUGACAAAGACCAAUCUCCCAAACCCGGUCCCAGGUGAGAGGGGGGAGGAGGCUGACAGUGCCUACAGCACAGAGGAGCAUAAGAGACACACACUCUUCUGUGGCACCCACGUCAUCCAGACCCGCUUCUACACAGGCGAACUGGUCAAGGCUGUGGUGGUCCGCACAGGUUUCGGCACAGCCAAAGGCCAGCUGGUGCGCUCCAUACUUUACCCCAAACCUACCGACUUCAAGCUGUACCGUGACGCCUACCUCUUCCUGUUGUGUCUGGUGGCUGUGGCUGGAAUCGGAUUUGUCUACUCCAUCGUCCUCAGCAUCUUGAACAAGGUUCCAGCAAAGACCAUCAUCAUUGAGUCCCUGGACAUCAUCACCAUCACUGUGCCACCUGCGCUGCCAGCUGCCAUGACAGCUGGUAUUGUGUACGCCCAGCGACGCCUCAAACACAUUGGCAUUUUCUGCAUUAGCCCACAGAGGAUUAAUAUUUGCGGGCAGAUCAAUCUGGUCUGCUUUGACAAGACUGGAACUCUUACAGAAGAUGGAUUAGAUUUAUGGGGAGUCCAAAGAGUUGAGAAUGGCAGUUUCCACCUGUCAGAGGAAAAUGCCUACAAGGAGAAUCUGGUCAAGACCCAGUUUGUGGCUUGCAUGGCCACCUGCCACUCUCUCACCAAAAUAGAGGGCCAGCUGUCUGGAGACCCAUUGGACCUCAAAAUGUUUGAGGCUACAGGCUGGAUCCUGGAGGAGGCCACUGAGGAGGAAACAUCUCUUCACAACCGUAUCAUGCCAACUGUGGUUCGACCCCCAAAGCAGCUGUUGCCCCCAGAACCUGCCGUAUCCCCAGAACAGGACAUGGAACUUUAUGAGCUGUCGUCAGCGUAUGAGAUAGGUAUCGUGCGCCAGUUCCCUUUUUCCUCAGCACUCCAGAGGAUGAGUGUGGUGGCUCGUCUGCUGGGGGAAAAACGUAUGGAUGCCUACAUGAAGGGGGCACCAGAGGUGGUGGCGAGUCUCUGCAAGAAAGAGACAGUGCCAGACAAUUUUGCAGAGAUUUUGGAAAGCUAUACCAAGCAGGGUUUCAGGGUCAUAGCUCUGGCUCACCGUCGUCUUGAAUCGAAAGUCUCCUGGCACAAAGCCCAGAACAUCAGCAGGGAUCACAUUGAGAAAAACAUGGAGUUCCUGGGUCUGAUCAUCAUGCAGAACAAGCUGAAAGCAGAAACCCCAGCAGUACUGCAAGAUCUCCACCGAGCCAACAUCCGCACUGUCAUGGUUACCGGUGACAACAUGCUGACAGCAAUCUCGGUGGCUCGAGACUGUGGAAUGAUCCCUCCUCAGGACACAGUUAUAAUUGCAGAUGCCCUACCCCCCCAUGACGGACAGGCCGCCAAAAUCACCUGGAGAUACGCCGACAAACCAAGCAAGACAUCUCGCCUGGAGGAAGUAAACAUCAGCCUGGAGGACGUGUGUCACGUAGACGAGCCCAAAAGGCAAGAGCUGUACCACUUUGCUAUGAAUGGAAAAUCAUUUGCGGUCAUUGAAGAGCAUUUCACCGACAUGCUUCAAAAGCUGGUGCUGCACGGGACAGUGUUUGCAAGAAUGGCACCGGAUCAGAAAACCCAGCUCAUUGAGGCGCUGCAGGGUGUAGACUACUUUGUGGGUAUGUGCGGAGACGGAGCAAACGACUGCGGGGCUUUAAAGAGGGCUCAUGGUGGCAUCUCUCUGUCAGAGCUUGAGGCCUCUGUAGCCUCUCCCUUCACCUCCAGGACGCCUAACAUCUCCUGUGUCCCCAGCCUCAUCAGGGAGGGCCGUGCUGCUCUUAUCACCUCCUUCUGUGUGUUCAAGUUCAUGGCCCUCUACAGCAUCAUCCAGUAUAUCAGUGUCACUCUCCUUUACUCUAUUCUUAGUAACCUUGGAGACUUCCAGUUCCUCUUCAUUGACAUUGCCAUCAUCCUCCUCAUUGUCUUUACCAUGAGUCUGAACCCAGCGUGGAAAGAGCUGGUGUCACGUCGUCCCCCAUCAGGUCUGAUCUCAGGGCCUCUGCUGUUCUCUGUGCUGACCCAGAUCCUCAUCUGCUUGGGCUUCCAGACCAUUACAUUCCUUUGGGUCCGACAGCAGCCCUGGUACAUGGUCUGGACACCGCUUUCCGAUGUCUGCAACCAUUCAUCACACAUUAACAUGUCUGACCUCAACAACACAGAAGUGGACGACCACAACAUCAAAAAUUAUGAGAACACCAGCCUCUUUUAUGUGUCCUGCUUCCAGUAUCUCAUUGUUGCCAUUGUCUUCUCAAAGGGCAAACCAUUCAGACAGCCUAGUUACAAAAAUUGGCCUUUUGUGCUAUCUGCUGUGGGUUUGUACGCUUUCCUGCUGUUCAUCAUGUUCCAUCCUAUUGAAAGCAUUGAUGAGUUUCUAGAGAUUGUUUGUGUUCCAUUUGAAUGGAGGCUAAAACUCUCCCUGAUCAUCUUAGUCAAUGCUGCUGUGUCUGUUUUGGUAGAGACCUUCAUCAUUGACAUCGUCUUAUGGAAGCUUGUGUUCAGCCGAGACAAACAGGGCAGCUUUGGCGACACUCCUGCCACCCCGACACCACAGGGAGGCAUAGACCUGCGGGCGCACAAGUGUCUGUCCUGGGUGUGCUGUCCACGCAAGAUGACACCCAAGGCUCGCUACAUGCAUCUGGCCCAGGAGCUCAGUGUUGACCCCGACUGGCCACCAAAGCCAACCACCACUACUGAAGCCAAGCCCUGCCCAGAAAAUGGCUCCGCCUAUCAAAUCAUGAUCAACUCCUAGCAUCCACAACCCCCCUCCCAGUAUCCAAUACAGGGGGUAUUGGAUGUCUUACAGGAGACAGGAGACAUGACCAUGACACAUGUUUGGCGAACGCACAUUCAAUCUAUUCAUAUGAAACUGUCACAGGCUAUUUAUUUGUUACUGUUCAGAAGCUCACAUCUAAUACUGUAGUUCCAGAGACAUUACUGCAAAAACUAUAGACUUACACAUAAAUACCAAAUAAAGUUAAGUUUCUGUUAUCUCUGAACUCUUGCUCUCUCUGGCUUGCCCACUCAGGUCUCUUACUUACAUCAGUAAAAUUAAAUUCCCAUCGCUUAUAGCAAGGCCUGUUCACCUAAGCUGAACAACAUUCGACACAUAGGCGCGUUGAGAAGCCAGGUCAGAUUAGCGUGUUGACCAAGAAUUUAAUACCCGCCUGACUGUGUCUGUCUAGAAGGGGUAUAGAGGGGCAAUAGAGACUUGAGUCUAUUUCAGAGCUAGCCUCUGACAUACAUGUGCUGUCAGGAACAUCAUGGGAAGUGUAGGUCUUGUGCCAGAAGAUUUAUGUCAUAUAAUUGUUAAAAAUACUGAGAUUAAGAGGGUUGUUUGACACAGACUCUGGAUUUUGAGGAAAAUUAAUGUAAAAAGAGGUUCCACUUAAAAACUGAGCUUGUCAAACAACGGUGAAUAUUGGAAAGAUUUGGAAGUGGUCAUUGUCUGAUCUGUAGCAGCAAAAAUGUAAAUCUUCAUAUUUUUGUGCGGUCACCAUCGCACAAUUAGGCCGUUCAUUUAGUGCGUAACCUGUGUUGUGGGCAGUGCAGGCUCGGAUUGCUACUAUGUAGUGGUCUUAUACAGUUAAUAUACUGUACAUACAUGUUGUUUUAAUGAGCUUGCAUAACCACCUGGCAAGCACUCAUUAGAAAGCAUAGAAUUAUAACCAAAAAUAAAAACUUACCAUAGACCCCCAGUGAUGAAUAAAAUGACUAAUUUGAAGCCUGUAUUCAAAUAAUCUGUCAAGCACACUGUACAUUGCAGCAGAUUAGGAGUCUUUGAAUGCUUGCAAUCAACCAGCUGAAGUUCAUAUUCACACUUGCAAGUGAACACAAAAAUUGAUUGUCACUGAUGAUACAGGUCUGAAAAAAACUUAAAUAAUUGAAAGGGUCAUGUCUAAAUUUUGUAGGGUUUGGAAUCUGUACAAUAAUUCUAAAUAUAUAUAUUUUUAGUAAGAGCUGACAGGAUAAUUUUACCUGCUUUCAUUAAAUGUAUUUAUUGUGUUGAUGUGUCAUCAACCAUCACCUUCCAUAAAAUCAUACUGUUGUUUUCGGCCACUUUUAAUUUAAUUUAAAAUAAAUGUAGAAAGUGACUUGCUGUUACUAGAAGUAGGCAAAGUAGGUUUAAGGAAGUGUUUUUUUGUUUGUAUAUUUUUUAUUGCAAAACUUUCUCACAAAAUACACUAAACGUGCAUAUUGAUGAUUGAAACUACACAAUUAUUAACCUCAAACUAAUCUGAGGUUGCAUAUUUUCUCAUAAUUUGGCCAAAACUUUUAUACACAUUCAAGAACUGAUGGCUUUGAAAAAAGUAUAAGUGAGAGAGCCUUAUACACAAACAGAUGUAUUCAUCCACACUCAACCAUGGGCUGGGACCUGUGGCAGGCUAUCCAUCUUAUCAAAGAUAUUAUUUAGAAAAUAUACAAAAACACAAUAAGAAAAACGAAUCAUAAACCAAGGAAUUGCAAGUAGCAUUGGUCUGUUGGUCCAGAGUGAAAUAUGUCAACAAUUAUCAGCUGUUUUGCCAUGAAAUUUGGCAGACAUGAUGUACAGACGAUGAAUUCUCAUGAAUUUUUUUUUAAUCUCCUGGUAUUUCAUGUCAUUCCACCAACCAGUCAACAACACUUCAGCUCCCAACAGGAUACCUCUAAAAGUGAUGACUGAACUCUCAUUGCAUGCAUGUUGUAACCGAAGACCGCAGGGGACAACGUUGCCUUUCCUCGGGCACUCCCCUUUAGUCCAAUUUUUUUUUGCCCUGGUAUUGGUAAAGCGUAGAAAUAGCAGCAUCACAAUCUAAUGAGCCACUAGCAUUGCUGUAAAAAUUGAAUCUUGUUUUUGCAUUUAUGAGCCAUUUCCUGUCACUAUCUAAUGACAUCAGACAGGAGACUGAAAGCAUGCAAAGACGUGCAAGACACCAGCUCUAUGUGGUCAUGUUUUAAAGGCGUGCAAAACUAGAUUUAUUACUACAAAUACACAGCAUUACGGUAGUAUUAAGAAUAUUUUACAUGUACAUCUCUGUAUUAAAACAUCUGCAGAAGAAACUGCAUGCAUCUUGCUGGUUCUCAUGGACAAUUAUCCAAAUGCAUGAAACAUGAUGUUUUAGAUCAUUCAUCUUUAAACUCAUGGCUGAUGGGCUCCUGAGAGCCAUACUACUUUUUUUUAAUUUUUUUUAUUUUUUUUUUUAUAAAUGUCCGUAACCGUCUCAGUAAAACCUUUCUUCCUAUGGAAGACUAAUUAAGAGUGAUGGUAAACUAAGGCAAGGCAUUGUGCGUCUCAUCAGCUCGCUGCUCUCAGCACAUUCAGAACAUCCAUGUAACAGCACACCCUGCACAAUAUGGAUGCUGAUUAACAUUAACAUUGUGUUCAUGUAUUGCACAUAGGUUACCUGCAUGGAGAGUUAAGGGCUACAUUUUAUGUUCACUGCUCUCUCUUUGAUGUUUAAAGUGAUACUCCCCCAAGUCUGUUCAUUAGUAUCUAAAACUCACUCACAAUUUGUAGAUUACAAAGGUGACUAGAGGUCUGUAGUUUCAUUCUUUAUAAAAAUCUGAAAGCGGGAAAUUAAAUCUGGAAGUUCAAAUCAAUCCCAAAGCGGGGUAGUGGAAAAGCAGUUUGCACUAUAGAGUUUUGAUUUGCAUUUUGAUACUUUUCAGCCAUACAAUUUGGCACAAUUGGGAAAAAAUUGUAAUUGACUGAAUACAAGCUGACACUGUUGUAAGAAGAAAACAAACAGCCUUUUCUACAGCCACCAGAGAUGGUGUUUCAUAAUCCAAAGACAGAUUUUGGGUCAAGUAUCACUUUAGAACAAAGAUACCAAAACAUAUGUAGCUGCCUCCCAAUGACAUUAUAACUGUAUUCUCCACAAAGCUGCCUCCCUGUCAUUAUUUUAUGCUUUAAUUUUCUUAAUUUUAAAUGACAUGUCCCUGUGUAUACUCUUGAGUGCUUAUCAGUGGUUAUGCAACAUCUUGUCAAAAGAAUAUCAACGUAAUGUGACUAAAAUUAAGCAAAUUAUUUCUCAAACAUCUGGUAACAGCCCCUUUGUAUAAUUUGCCAUUUUAUCAUGUAUUUGGUGAUUAUGAAUCAUUUGAUUCAUAUAAAUCCAAUAUCACAACAGAUUUCCAUAAUAUCAGCAACGUCACUCAAAAGUCUGAAGUUGCUCAGUUCUUAAAAGCCAUUGUCUAUUGAAAUACUUGUAGUAAUAUUACAGAUGCAUAUGAAACUUGUGAUCCAUUCUGUUUUUAAAGCCCAAAUGUGAUAGUUAUAGAAUAGUAGAAUAGUUUUUAUGUAUUUGAUUUGCAAAGUUAUGUUGUUACUUUAAUAGCUUCAUGGUCAGACUGAGAAGGAGGAUAGAUACUAGAUGAAACUGAUGAGAAAUGCAUAACAUGGUUCAAAUAGGGAUACUUGUGCCACCUUGCAGAAAGAUUCUGAUGGUUUGUCAUGAAAUUGUCAUUUUAGUUUUGUUAUAGUUAAAUAAUGUGGCUGAUAGGCCACAUGGGUUUCUAUGCUUCUGAAUAUUCAGCAGUAUUUUCUUUUUUUUUAUCUUUCAGGGUUUCUUUUUUUUCUUUUCUUGAUACCUACUGAGGCUAAAAUUGAAUGUUAUGAAAAGAACAAAAACAGUGGUUUUGUUUUUUUGAAUGCAAUGCAAUACCAUGGUUAUUGAUUAUAUUUCCAAAGAUUUAAAAACAUUUGAUCACAUCUGUAUUGGUUAUUAGAAAAACAAUAAUUUUAGCCUGUGUUCAGUUCUGUCAAUUCUGAUUUGACUGAGCAGAAGUGAACUUUAAAUGGAGAUAAUAAUAUUAGAGGUUGGAUUUUAUCUGUAUAUAUGAGAUGUACAUUUCUAGUGUGUGCAUAAAAGUCAAAAGAUUUAGUUAUAAAAAUGUAAGGUUUUUGGAUUAUCAAAGGGCUGGUGUGUCUUUUUCUACUAUUUUGGUACUGUGUUACAAUCAGUUGUCUUUCUACUUUUAAUUUAUACUUUCUUUUGGAUUUGUUUGUACCACUUUUGUUAUGAAGUUGCAUUAGCUUGGAUUUCCUUUAUUUGGGCAUGAAUCCUGGGCAUUUAUUUCACAAUUUUAAUCAGUUAUUGUGAAGUAUGAAUAGGGCACUUGGGUGAAUAUACAGUAAUACAGAAAAUGUCUUCUUUUAGAGUUAAAAGACACAGACUGGAAAGACUUCAAGUCACCAAAAUAGGCGUACUUCUCAGCUUUUCUUCUCUUGAGUCUCAGCAUUUUGUAUGAAACCAAUCAUCUGAUCUGACACAAGAAGGGAAUUAAAUGGAUGUAGUGUAUUUAGCUCCUCCACUUGGUGAAUUCAGAGUAAGAGCAACAUCUGACAAUCUUGUUACUUUUUUGUCUGCUCAUUCAUCUUUUUUUUUCUGUCUAGAUUUUUUUAAAAAUAUCUUUUGCAUCCAUGUUAAAUUAAAAUGUAAUUGGCAAAAAGAAUGCGUUGCUGUUCAGCGGUCUAUUGUAGAGGUGAUGAUAUUGCUGCUAGUGGCAAAAUGAUCCAGUCACAGCUGUGUCAUAACUGUGCACAUUGAUACAGAAAAUAAAUCAAUUUAAUGACUUGCAACAUGUCAAUAUUGCUACUGCUUUUCUUCUACGCUACAGUUUUGCCUUUUUAUUGUGACACAGCUAUGUCAAAGCAAUGGAUUUUAUGCUGAAACUUCUACUCUUAUACAGGUACAACAUAUACUGACUGUUGACAGUUAGCAUCGGCCUCUUAUUCACAUCAUGUAUUUUAAACAAACCAUUGAAUGGCAUUUAGAUUGAGUCGGCCACUGAGUACAUGAAGCCUCACGUGGAUGUUGUUUCCUCAGGGAAAUGUGUGUCUUUGUAAUGAAUAGAGAAAAUAAUAAAAGUUCAUACCCAAAAUAAGGAAAAUAUACAGUUUGUAAAAGUUUUUAUUACAAUUCAUCUGUAUGUCAGUGCUUUCACAACAGUUUAUUUGGUGCGCUUUUAUUUGCAGCUCCCACACCUCAGCAAGAGACUCACCUUGGGUGUAUGUAUUUUUUUUAUUGGCAGAGAUGUACAUUUUUUGGGGGAAUUUUUUGUACUUUAUAAUUUAUUUUUUAUUUAUUUUCAUUUCUUUUUCCCUGAAGAUUGUAUUUCAGAUUUAUCUUGAUUUCUUUCUUUUCAAUAAAUGUUCUU